CACCGAGCCACCACCACCACUACACGAGAGAGUGACGAUCCCCGCCGCGGCAGCGGAGAAUGACGGCCGUGGCUGCGCUCACGGUCACGGACGCCGCGGCGGCGGCGGCUGCCGGCGACCGCUCGCCGUCCUCCUCCCCGCCGCAGGCGGCGUCCGCGGGCCCGCCGCCCGCGCCGCCGGAGCUGGGCAUGGUCGCGCGCGCCGUGCAGCGGCUCGUGGUGCGGAACGACGCGGUGGCGGCGGCGCCGGACGGCCGCGGGGGCGGAGCAGGGAUGAAGGCGUUCGAGGCGGCCCCGGGCGCGCGGGCGCCGCGGAUCGGCGUGGCCGAGUACCUGGAGCGCAUGCACCGCUACGCGAGGCUCGACCCCGAGUGCUACGUCGUCGCCUACGCCUACGUCGACAUGGCCGCGCACCGCCGCCCCGCCGCCGCCGUCGCGUCCAGGAACGUGCACCGCCUUCUCCUCGCCUGCCUCCUCGUCGCCUCCAAGGUCCUUGACGACUUCCACCACAGCAACGCCUUCUUCGCGCGCGUGGGCGGCGUGAGCAACGCGGAGAUGAACAAGCUGGAGCUGGAGCUCCUCGGCGUGCUGGACUUCGCCGUCGCGGUCGACCACCGCACCUACCGCAGGUACCGCGAGCACCUGGAGAAGGAGAUGCGCAGGGACCACCACGGCCGCCUCUGCCUGCCCGGCACGGCGCCCACCGCCAUCAAGCACCUGCCGCCGCUGGCGGAGGAGCACCCGGCCGAGAUCGCCUACGGUGGCCACGAAGAGCACGGCCGGAAGCCGCCGCCGAACGGCGUGCUUGCCGGCGAGGAGCACGGGGGGAAGCUGCCGAACGGCGUGCCGCCGGAGAGGAAGACGUUCCUUCGGGAGCUGUGCGGCAUGGAUUACUACUAGUAGGAGUAGCAGCAGGCAGCAAUGUGCAAGCUGCAAAUUCAGAGAGUGUUGAUCGAACGUGCGUGUGUAUAUAUCUGCAGAAUUGUUACAGAUAAUCAGACGUGCCAUACAUGUACGGUGCUGUGAAUUACAGGUAAUCGGAUGAAAUGGUGCCCAGAGAUUUGAAGAUCACUGAUCACCAGUGGUGAA